AAUGUCAAGUCAAUUUAAUUUAUACCCUCAAUUGAUUCUUCUUUUUUAUAAGAAUAUUUAAAUAAGGCUAGUAUAAUUUUAUAUUCUUAUCGUGUUAGCCGCUUUUGGUGAAAAUGUUUUGUCAGAGCGGGAGGGAUUUUUUAAAUUUGUUUUUAAUCAAACGCCAAUAGUGUACACCUACAUAUAAUUUUAAGGCACACAGCACGACCUGCUGGUAAGAAAGGAAAUGUUUGCGUCUUGUGUCUGUGGCGCCAGGGCGCUGUCCUUCAUGUCUGACGAUUCGACCGAAGUUGUGUCAAUCUACACUUAAAGGGCGGUUCUUGUGCGCUAUUCCUUCGUUCGGUGAUCUGAUUGGACAAGCUCAUGCGCUUUGUCUUUGUGAUAGGUGGAUUGAAUUUCGCGUCGAGGCGAGUCAGGAAGUAUGUUUUACGUUUCCCACCCGUUUACAGCAAAACUGUUGUCAUAACGGAUAACUGAUGGCAUCGUCAGACUAAACAAACUCACAGAGAAGAAGAAAGAGUAAUUUAAAAAACCACAAGAGGAACGUAACACGUGUCUGUUCCCCGCAUUGGCUACUUAUUAAAAGGCAGCAUCAUGGACGACCAAGUGACAGUUAUCACCAAUCCCAUUGUGGAGGUGCGCAUCACCAGCACCAGCAAUUCUUCAGAGGUGCUGCGCAGGUUCAACAGAGGAAUUACUAUUGCGGAGUUGAAGGGUAAGUUGGAGAUGAUUGUGGGCUUACCUGCUUCCUGCAUGGAACUGGAAGUUUUGAGCGUGUCGGGCGACUUCUUGCAGAAGAUGGACAAUAACGAUGCUCUGUUGGGCUCCUAUCCUGUGGAUAACAACUGCACAAUACAUGUCAUCGAUCAAAGUGGAGGACAGAUGGGCGAGUUUGGUGAUGUUUCCAAAGUGGAGAAGUUUGAACUUUCAUCUGAUGAUUAUGAAAAGAAGACUGACUCAGCAAGGGCAUUCAUGAAGAAGCGUGGCCUUGGUCGCUACAAUGAGGAAGAAAUGGCAAAGAAGAAAGCUGAACAAGCUGCUAGAGAGGAGGAAAAUAAGGCUGCUGCUGACGCCAUUACAGUUGGCGACAGAUGUCAAGUACAGGUACCUGGGCAACCCACAAAGGUCGGCUCAGUCAUGUAUGUUGGUACAACAGAUUUCAAACCAGGCUUAUGGGUUGGUAUAAAGUACGACGAGCCGCUGGGAAAAAAUGACGGAAGCGUAAACGGAAAGAGAUACUUUGAAUGUGGAAACCAAUAUGGUGCAUUUGUAAAGCCCUCACAUGUGAUUGUGGGUGACUUCCCUGAAGAAGAUUAUGGUCUAGAUGAGAUGUAGAACUAAUUUUCUUUUUUUAAUUCAAAACUCUUAAGUUCAUGCACCAACCUGGAGAGGUUUGACCAUUUGAUGCCAAGACUUUAGCCUUAAGCACUUGAAAGUUACACAGAAUUUAUAAUCAUGUAAAAGAAAUUGACUAUUCGUGGCUAUUGAAUGGCUAAAAACAGCUGCACAAAGCAUGAAAAAAAAAAGGCCAAUAGCUUGCACCAUAUCUCUCUCCCUGAGAAGAGAUACUGAACAAAUGUUUUUUGUUUGCAGUUCAGAAAAUUCAGAAGUGAACAAAGUUGUAUCCAUAAUUACUAACAGGAAUGUUUAUUGUUCUAAGAAAGAAGAUCAAAAAAGGCCUUUACUCAUUUCAAAACUGCAUUUCUUUCAGUGAGUAGAUUAAAGUCAAAUCACUAUUGCAUCUCUGGCAGCAGGAGGAGGCUUUUGGUUUUGGACUCCCAUGAUAUGUUGAUGCAUCUCCUAGUGGUUCCUGAAAGUUCUUUCUGUGUGUUAAAUCUCCUCAACUGCAGCAUAUGGCUCAGUUGUUACUAAUCCUUUUUUUUCUACAUAACUUAUCAUUACUGUAGUUCGGUGUGCGAACUGUACUGCACAUACUGUAAUGUCAUUUUGUGAGCACAUCUAAAAGCACUGUCCUGAGUUUUUCCAAGUUUCAUUUUAAAACCAAUUGGCUACAUUCACAACCACCAUAAGAGUUCCAGUAGUUUAGGUAAAUCAAGUUUUUACAUGUGCAUAAUGACACUACUGUGUGUUUAGGUUUCUAAAAUCAACCCAUGUUUUCCUUGAACGACUCUGUCUGUUUACAGUUUGGUUAAGUGGAUAAUAAAAACCUAUAACCAU